AAAGAAAGCAGGAUCUACGACCUUUUUUCCCAUUUGUGUAGUGUUUUUCCCCGACCGAACCUUUUACCCCGAAAAUUUUGGUGUUGUACCCGCUUAGUUUGUUUCAAUUUCUCUAGAGCAAUUUUUGUUGGCGACGCUGCUCAUUCAUUUUUUUCUACAAUACACAAUGGCCGCACGAUUUGUUGACGAGGUGACACAAUCCCAUGGGCUCCACCUGCUUCGGUUAAAGAAACUUAAAAUGUCGAAGAUGCCGGUUCGUGGGUAAGGAGCACUGCGAGGCGCGGCCAAGCGCCAUUGCACACCAAUUGCCGCAGUAGGAAGUAGGAAGAAGCAGGCAUAUAAUAUCUACUCCUUGUCAAGGCGAACGAAAGAAAUGUGGGUAGCUCUGCGGAACCUCGUGCUGUGGUGCAUCGUUGCACUGCUCUAUGCCGUGGUGUUUUUCACAUCAGUUUUUGUCUUCUUCCCCGCAAACAUUUUGGUCCACCAUGCCGCGGAAUUGGUCUACUGGCUCGUCAGAGGUACUUAUAAUUUUUCAACAAAGUAGAAGCGCUGAAGAUCGAUGUCGAUUUUUACUUUUUCCAUUGCGCGAAGGAGUCUAUAGUAUUCAGUCGCUUUGUGUUUAUACUUCAACUGUAUCACAACUAUCAAAACACUCCAACAGCCUGCGUCGGCGACGCUGAAGCGUUCAAAGUUUCGGAGCCCAAAAUCGCCGGCACCUGGGGGUUGUGGACCGGGUUUCUGCUUUCCCUCUUCGUCUGGCACGGGUACAACGUUCUGAUGGAGCACCUCCUCGCGUAUCUCCUGGCUUUCUGCGCGGUCUUUCAGUUCUGCAAGAUGUUCUUCUUCACCUACAUUCUGCGCGUGGACUGCAUCGAGAAAACGCCGAGUUUGUACACCGUGCACUUAACCGCGGAGGGGCUGUUUGACCAUUUGCUCGCCAUUCAGGAGUACGCGGGGUUCCUGAUCUGCUUACGGCUCUUCGAGGUGGACUACACGCUGCGAUUGUACUUCGGGACGCUAACCACCAUGCCGCGAGACGAGUAUCACGAGAACGCGAUUCUGGACGAAACGACUUUGUAUUUGUCCAUCGCGAUCUUGUUGUCCGGGAUGGCCUGGGAAUUCUGCGGCCGCCCCUUCUCGCUGUACGAGAGAGGGGAGCUGGAUAUGGUAAUUUACUUCUUUGUCUUGUGUGAAUUUAUUCUUACAUUUUCUGUCGUGUUUAUUGGGUUCUCAUCAUGUAAGGUAAGUAAGAAAGUACCUUGGCAGGAAGUACCGGUAGAAGAUGAACUACGAGGUGACAAGUUGUCAAGUACAUGUCGCACCAGAUCGCUCCUGGCAACAUGGUGCUAGUCUUCUACUAGGAUCACACUGACUACUUUUGACAAGAACAACUGUUCUGUACUCUUAGGUUUGGAAUUUCCCCCACGAGCUGGUGACCGCCGGUCGAGAGUACUACCUCCCGGACGGGAAGACGAAACUGGACUACUGCUGCGCCUCGCACUCGGGCAGAGACUUGCAGGACGAGGACUGCGUGAUCUGUUUGGACAGUCUGAACCAGAAAGUCCAAUUCCUGGAUCCCGACUACGAAAGGAUGUCGUUGUCGCUGCACCGGAGAAGGCCGGAGUUGACGGUAUCCUAAGUAAAACCGUCCCCACCUCACAAUUGUCAUGCAGACUUGCGAUUACAGGAAGAUUUGCAAUGCGCAUCUCCAUAAGAGGCAUUUACAGUCGUGUUUUGGAAUUUGUCAUGCUGUAAACAGGAUAAGCAGAUGGAUUUGUGAUGCGGUUGUCCUUGCUAACAUGCACUACACUACGGACUGCAACUUGUCAUGCGUGGCUCCCAAAAGUUCUGGACUUGUGUUGCUAAGUGUCCAUCUUGACUCUGGGGUGGGGAUGUUUUUACACAGGAUAGACGGCCGCGAGACUGCGGAACCGGAAGGUGGAACACGCGGGAACCAUCGUCGGCCGGUUUGAGUUAUCCACUGCAAAUAUGUCUGGGUCGGGAAGAUAAUUGCGAGAUUUGUUAUGCUAGUCUGGCAUUCCGCUGAGCUCUGUAAGUAUUGCGUGGCCAGCAAGAGCUGCUCUUGUCUGUCUUGCAAGAAGGCUGUUUGUCAUGCGGGUUACGCAACAAAGAGCAACGGAAAAAUCUGUCAUGCUUGGCGGUGCAUCACAAGAAUGUGCUUUCUAUUCGCUGACAUGCAUCACAGGUUCUUUCCAGACCCAGAUCGAUAUUUGCAAUGCAUAUGAAUCCGGGUUGCGGUCCGCCCCCAGUUGCGACCCGUACAGUGGGGACUUUGAGGCGAAGUACUUCAGUGAGGAGAAUUAUGCGCAUAAUUAUAACGGGCGAACUAGAGAUAAUUAUAUGCAGCUGAGCUACAACAGGACCAGGAGUGGUUCCUCUUCCCGAAGUAGGACCCAGACAGAGGACCAACAGUUGUUCCACUACCAGAACACAAGCACCGGCGCGGCGUUGCGGCGUAGGCUGACCAACCGGGGGAACUUCCAGCAGGGCGGGUCGAGCUCCAGUACUUCCGGUCGGACGUUCGCUGGUCUUCGUGCUAACCUCAACCAGCAGCGAAUAAAUGACGACCAGGAAGAACUCGACAACUUCCUCGACGAUGAAGCCUCGAGUACGGACUUUUCUCUGUCCAGGUUUCCCUGGGCCGCCAUGCCGUGGAACUACUACAUGAUGAGAAGCACAACUACUUCUAGGGGCGGCAGAGGUACAACUGGUAGAACACACGUAGGUCGUGGUCUUCACGGUGAUGAUGAUUCCGCGCCCGACCUCCUCGACCCCGGAUUGGUGGCUAGACAGAACGCGUACAAUUAUGGCGCGGUGGUUCAUCACGAAGAUGACCGGUUUGACAACUAUGACCGGGAAGAUGAAAUAGAGGAUCGAGAAGAUGAAAUAUUGAACGACGAGGACAACCUGCAAGCCGGGAGACCAAUCUAUGGGGACAACGAUAUUAACAACACAGAUAAUGAUCCUCUGUACAACAACCGCGACGACGCUGGGAUGAACAACCGAGACCAAUCUUCGUCUCGUCGCGACCUCCGCGGCGACACUACCACUACCCCCUCCCUCUCUAUCUACUCCGUCCGCGCUUUAUUGCGCCGCGUGUUCGCAGAUGGGUUGCAUCUCCGUUGGCCGUCAUUUCUGCGCUCCGCAGACGAGGACGUCCAGAGUCUGUACCAGGUGAGGGGGGGAAGAUACCAUAGUACUAAUGAUCUUGUUCGCAACAGCGGAAGUACUACUAUUUCGGCGACAAGAACUACAAGGAAUGCUCACCGUCCUUCCGGGCAAGAAGAAAGGUUAGGAGAAUCCUCAAUACUGCAAUCGCAUUCGCAAAAUGACGACACGCAGCACGACAUAGUUGAGGAUGAGUUUGAAGAAGAUCAUUUUGAUGAGGCGAACAACUUCUGGCUCGCCAAUUACAGUGGUAGUUCAACAAACGAAGACCACAGUACUACAUCUUUACAGCAGAAAUACGACUUUCCGGACUUGAACCCACGAAACCAGAACUCUUUGGAGCUCGACGGCAUGAGCAGCAAUUUGACCCAUGGGCAAAGGGCCUCCGGCGCAGCCGGGUUUCUCCGUCGGUGGCUGGAAUUCCUGUUCUGCGCGGGGAGGCGGCGGACUGCUAAUGGGGAAAGUGGGUCCUCGUCGGGCUACGGGUCUUUGUUCGAUGACACCGACAUCGCGGUAGAGCAGCAGGGAACUGCGGUCACCAUUGGCAUCGGACCGAUAGUAUCAAAAGGAAAAAUCCCCCCUCCCCACAUCAAAACGAAAUCUCUGAUGCUGGAUUUGCGUACUUACACAAACGACAUUUGUCACGCAGAGAGGCAUUGCGGCCAGAUCCCCAGGCUACAUAGGGGCGUAGGGGUCUAGUUGUUCAGCAUGGCAAACGGCUCCCCUUUAAGCCCAACAGCAUGACAAAGCGCUUCAAUAAUGGGGCGGAAGCUUCUGCCCUUGUCUUCUUGCAAGACAAAUGCGAUUUGUGACCUCAAACCAGCAGCGCAAAUUUUCGGAAACAUACCUUUUCACUAUGGGGAGGGGGAUUUUUCCUUAGGAUAAAUAGAAAUCACGCUCGCAAGACAGCUGCCGGUGGGCGGAGCAGAUGAUGAGGGGGGUGCUGCUAGUGCUACUGGUCAGGGUGCGGCAGCAGGGGGCUCGGGUUCGAAUGUCUCAGGAACAUCAACGGCAGGAGUUGUGGCCCCCGCUGGAGCUUCUUCCGGCAUAAUGCCACCAGGAGGUGGAGCAUCAGCACCAUUCAUCGGCGGCGAAGACGAUCUGGACCACCCUCUUCUGCCCACCGUUGUCGGGAAUCCGGCGAGUGGUAGUGGCACAAGUGGAGGCACAACUGCCUCAGCAAGUUCGUCCAGCAGUUCAGCUGGACCGCUGCAGAAUUUGCGCAACUACAUGCUCGACGGUGGUUCAUCGCGGAACCGCUUCUCGACGUCCACAGCAUCCGGAGCUGCAACCUCAGCACGCAACUUGUCCAUUGGUCUGGAAUUCUCUGACAACAAUUCCGUUCACCUCCCUUCCGGCUGGUACGAAGACAACGACACCGGGCAUUUCGCCACCAGCGGACAAAAAAGACGCAGGAUGGCAGGGAGUAGUAACAGGAAUUAUGAUCAGAGCACGAGUAGUACUGGUGCAGCAGCAGCAUCGGGCGGUGGAUCCUCCAGUGCUAGAAGAGGUGCCGGUCGAUCCUCCAACAAUCCGUCGGAUAAUUUUUACCCUCCUGAGGACGACUACUACAACGAUGACGAACCCUCCAGCGCCGACGAACAACAGCACCUGUCCGCGAAGCAGUACCAUACGAAACAGCAGUACAAGCAGCACAAGAACGUGCGGCUGCCGUGCAAACACGUGUUUCACUCGGACUGCUUGAAGAACUGGAUCUCCACCAGCCGGAACGAGCAGCACCUGAUUUUCUCCGGCGCGCCCCCGGGCGCGACCUGCCCCACCUGCCGGCACCGGCUGUCCUGGAGUGACAUUUCCGUCGAAACGGUGGACCAACUGCUGGGCUGGGGCUUCGUCAUGCUGUUUGUCUUGCUCCUGAGCUUCCCCGUCUUGCACGUGCUGCAGCGGGUGUGGAAUUUGUGUACGCUGGGUUUUUCCGUGAUGCUGGAGAAGUGGCUCAGCUGGAUUUUGACUUCCACCGCCGGCGCCGGGUCGGCGAACGGCCCCUUCUUGUACAAGUGGUUUCUCAUUCACAACUCGGCGACAACCUUUGUAUCCGGCUCCGCAACGUUGGUGUUCAGCAAGGAUGAUUUGCCGCUGAAUCUGAUCGCGGAACUGUCCGCACGCACACACCUCGUGCACGAUUUCGUGCGGCACUUCGCGGCCUCGGUGAUUGUCUUCGAUUUUGCGUCGAUCUACACGGAGUGGCGAAAGCUAAGGCAGUUCUUCACGAACGAGGAUAGUGGUUCAUCUUCUGGUGGGGCUAGCAGUAGUGCUGGGAAUAAUGGAGAGGACUUGGACCACAUAUUGAGACAAGCCGCGGACCACUCUAGCACUGCGGAGCAGGCUGUUCAGCCAGGCACCACUGAAGCUAACGAGACGCCGCUUGCAACUACUGCCUCGCAAGAGCAGGGUGGUGAUGUUCAUCUUGCAACCUCCGGAGGUGCAGCAGCAGCAGAAACAUCUCCGAGCAACAAUUCAUCUGCGGAAAUACAGAAGGAAACAUCAAUAACUGCCACGGCGGAAAGUAGAGCACUGCAGCCAGCUGCUGCUGCCCUUGAAGUCGAUGACGACAAUCUUUCCAACAGAUCCGCAGAGCUGCAAAUAGAACAUCCAUCGAACACAACUACCUCCACCACCACCAACUCCACCCUCCGCCCCCCGCUGCACUACGGCAUUAAGAAGAUCCCGUACUGGCGGCUGAGCCAGAUUUCCGAGGGUAAGGGAAAGUUCCUCUACGACGUGAUGCGGUCGGCGCAGCACUUCACCGGCGUGCGCGCGGCCAGCGCCAAACAGGUGGACAAAAUCCGGCGCGCCAUCGAGCCGCAGGGCACGGUCUUGAUCGGCGCGAAUAGCGUCGGGGAGGGAGCGGAAAAUGCGAAAAAACCGUUUUUCGCCUUCGGAAAAAACGCACACAUAGCGGAAAACAAACCGUCGCUGGCGUUACCGGUCGUGAAAGAUCCAAAGUUCGCCACGGCAGCGGACAAGCAACUACUCCUGGAGUUUAAAGUGCGCCAACUCGGCUGGCUGGCGGGAAAUGUGGACGUAGAUAAUGCGGCUGGGAAUAGAAAUGCGACGAGCAAUUCUACAAGUAGUUCUUUGGCGGCUCGUAAUAGAAAUGGAACGGCAAAAAUUGUAUCAGAAUCGUCGGAAACCUCGAACUUAACCAAUGCGACAUCAGCCGCCGCAGUUCCUCCGGAGGUUUUAGAAAUCGACUUGAGCCCCUUCGCCUUAUUCCGGCUCGUGUUCAAUCUUUGCUCUGCCCUCCUCCGGUUGCCCGGCACGGUGAUUUUGAGACUCUCCCGACACGUCGGGGCGCUCGCGUACGCCGCUGCGCUGAACACGGGCAAGCAGUUUGACAGUCUGGCGCGGGUGGUCCAGAAGUACGUCGCGCCGCACGUGAAGUACGUGCUGAGCGACAAGUUGCAGCUGGACAGAAUUUUCGGCUACUUUCUGCGCCUGACGUAUUUGGAUGUAGUUUUGGAGAAAACUUUAACCUUCUGCAGUGAGAAGAUUUUCCUCCCGGUUUUUGACGGCGUGAAGGUCAGCUUUGACUACUUCUUUUCCAGUCCCGCUACGGACCAGGCUGGUGCUGCGGCAGGAAGUGCAGCAAGUGCUUCCUCCUCCAGGACUGCGGCGGAGCAUGAGCAAAAGUCCAGUGGCAGCGACGGAGCAGCCGGGAGCAGGACGAAAGCGACGCAAUAUGAGAAAAACCAUACUGCGAUCAGAAAUUUCGCGGAGAAACACCGAGCGACAGCUAGUGAGAAUGAUUCUACUUCUGCGACAGUAGAACAAACUACAACAGGGCAGUCACCCUCUGCUGUCGAGCAAGCAGGAUCUGAAGGUGAAGCAGGAGCGAAUGACACCACUACCACAGGAACCUCGAAAAAUCCUGGCGGGACCACGACGGAACAAGCAAGAGCGAGUCAAAAGUCCAUAAAGCGAGUUCUUGAAACUACUACACAAAAUAAGCAGAAGGAAACCGACGGAACGGGGUACCCUUUUGUUGACAAGUUGCUCUCCGAGAGGGAGCAGGUGAAGCAGGAGCUUUUUUCGAGUCUGGUCGGGGGAAACGAGACCACGGCGUCCACAUCUUCUCGUGCUGUUGAACAGCAGGUCACUGCUGCAGAAGGAACAACAGGUCACAACGGAGCGGCAAGGAGCGUGGCCAAUUUGCGCAAUACUUCUGAGGAAAACACGCGUGGAUCAAGAACUACACGGAUAUCUUCAGAGGUUAACAACCAAUUGCAAAAAGGAGAACGAGAAAGCUCUUCUACUUCCCCCGAGAAGAUGAAGCUGGUGCCUCCAGAGGAAGAAACAAGAGCCAAGAAGAACACAACUACCGACGCUGAUAAAAAUUCGCCUGCCCCUGAAGCAGCAGAUGCGAGUCCUUCUCCCUCGCAAGAAGAUGAACGUCUGGAGCACCACUCCGCUCAGAAAAUGCUCAAGUCGAUGAUUCACGACAGCAAGCUCCGCCACGCAAUGGAGACCGCGAUCCGGGGCUACAUUGCCGACGGUGACACGGCGGUGGUGUCGUUUUCGUUCCCCGUGGCAAAACGGCUGGAGCAGUUAGAACACGAGUACCGGGAAAAAUACGGGCACUCGGUAUCCAACUGGGUGAACACCAGAAGCUUGACGGACAAAACCGCGACCGCCGAGCAGGAGCUGGAGCAGAGAAGCGAGUUCGCGAAGAAGCAGGAGAAGGCGGAAGUGACGUCCCAGUUUGCGGAGGAGAUCGUUUCGAAACUGGACUUAUCAAAUGUAAAAAUGUCUGGGUCUGGAAACUUGUGAUGCUGGGCGGCGUCUCAUGAUGAGGCUACAAAUGCUGGCUCAGCAUGACAAGUUUCUGAGCUCCUACCCUAGGUGUUGCCUAUUCUGCAUGACAAACUGCGUUUCUGCAUCGCAGAAAAAUGGAGCUCUUGGGUAACGUGCAUGACAGAUUUAAGAGUCAUGCCAGACAAGCAUGACAAACAUGCAUUCUUCCAGACCCAGACAUUUUUACAAUCCAUAGGACUCCUUCGUGGAGGCCGAGUUCGCGCUGCGGAGCGGCAGUCGGGUCGUGAAGCUAUUAGCGGAGAACGUCGGGAGAAGGCGGUUGGAAGAGUUGGAAGCGAGGUUGCAGGUGUGCGGAAAUUAUUUGCUGGAAAGUCAGGAAAGCGGUAGGUUUGGUAUUCAGCAAGGAGAUCAAGUAGAAGCUGCCGCGGGAAGAAGUGGAACAAGUAGAACUAGUAGUCCACGAGCCGCAAAAGCAGAAGGAGGUAACGGAAAUAGCGAGGAGAUCUUUCUCGAGGCAGGAGACAACGUAGACGGUGUUGCUACAAGUAGUGCUACUUUCAUCAUUUCCGACAUAAUUGAAGGGGGGGCGUCGACAACGUCAAGAACUGGGCGGAAAGAUAGACACGACCCGGAUGUUGAAAUGUUUCCCGAAGAAGAGCCGCAGGAGGGAGAGGAUGAAACCGCGAGAAUUACUUUGUCGCUCCCUUCCUGCAAAGAUCUGCUCGAGAACUAUUUUGACGGAAGUAAUGUUGCAUCAAACAACGGGGAGAUGAACGUGAACCAGCAUGGUACAAAACCAGCACGGCCGCAAGAACUGCGCACUGCGCACGAGGAAAUCGGGACGAAACUACUGCUCGACGCGGAACUGGAUCUGCGGAAAAUUGCGUUCAAAUUCGUUGAUUUUUUACUGUCUCCGAGUCUGCUAUUACUGCAGAAGGGUCAACAUCAAGGAAAGCGAGCAGAUUUGUUUCAUGGACGAGGCGAGGACCACUACCAGGCAGAUCGCCAGCGCUCUUUUCAACAACAUCAGGCUGUUUCAAACUACCUCCUCCGCGAGAUUUUCUUUCCCGCCCUGGAACUGCCGAAGGAGUUGUACGGAAGCGAUUCCGCACCGGAAUUCGCCAUGCUGGACGCGCUCGUUGGUCAAGCUCGGAGGUUGGCGUUCCACCACGGCAGAGCUUCCACCUCGUCGUGGGAGAAAAUGCAACAGCAUCAAGUUAGAACCCGCCUCGCCGACUACGUGGAGCAAGUUAUUGCCACGCACACAACUGUAACAACGUCAACAUCUACUUCCGGGGGCGCUACUAGUGCGGUGGCUGGCGAGAUGUUGAGUGCUGGUAGUGAAGACCCUGCUUAUGGUGUGGAACUCGCGGUCGAGGUGUAAGGGAUGAGCUUCUGGUGCUAACGGACGUGCUGAAUGCGCCGUCACAAGGGGGGAUUUAUUGUUUCGGUUCACCAUAACAUCUACUGCAAGAACCUCGUGGGGAGCUUUAUAUAUGCCGUGGCACCGCUCUGGCACAUGUUGACCUGCUUCAACAUCUACAGCUCUGUCUUGCAUCUCACGGUUGAACUUUUUUUUCGCGACAGCCCAAGAUUUAUUUUGAUCAAUGAUUAUUUUAU